UGGAUCAGCUCUGUGGAGAGGAGCGCGUUUCUUUGGAUCAGCUCUGUGGAGAGGAGCGCGUUUCUUUGGAUCAGCUCUGUGGAGAGGAGCGCGUUUCUGUGUCCGUCCGGCUCUCUCUGGAUCAGCUCUGUGGAGAGGAGCGCGUCUCAGAGUCCGUCCCGCGCUCUGAGGAUCAGCUCUGUGGAGAGGAGCGCGUCUGUGUGGAUCAGCUCUGUGGAGAGGAGCGCGUCUCUGCGGCUGGGACAUGGACAGGGGACAGGCGCUGGCCGUGUGGCUGCUCUGCUGCUGGGGCAGUGUGCGCGUGGUCACGGGUCUCCACAGAUCUGACCUGUUCCCCUACGGCUCUCUCAGCGGGGACCUGAUUUUGGCUGAAGGCGACGAUGAAACGUCCAAAGUUCUGACUCUGCCCAGACCCCUGCGCUUCUACGACGCGGCCUUUGCUCAACUAUACGUGGCUACGAACGGAAUCAUCUCGGCUCAGGACCUCCCCAUGGAAAAGCAGUACGUAGAUGACGGUUUUCCCACCGAUUUCCCCGUCGUGGCGCCUUUCCUCGCCGAUAUCGACACGAGCGACGGACAAGGGCAGAUCUACUACAGAGUAACGGAAACGCCGAGUGUGCUCAACAGAGUCGCCCGGGAAGUGACCCAAGGAUUCCCAGACGCCAGAUUCACUCCCACGCACGCCGUCGUCGCAACGUGGGAAAACGUGGCGGCGUACGAAGUCGACCCCAAGAAACGCCCGACCAACAAGGUCAACACGUUCCAGGCUGUGAUCGGGUACGACGAGACCGAUUCCUACGUCGUCUUCCUCUACCCCGAAGAUGGGCUCAAUUUCUUCGGAACUAGGCCAAAGGAGUCGUACAACGUGGAGAUCGAACUUCCGGCUCGUGUGGGCUUCAGCAGAGGAGAAGUGUCGUAUCUGCUGUUCUCCAGGACAGAGGGGCCGUACUACAGCGUGAGGAGCGUGAGGAACCUGCACCAAGUUGGAAACACCGGCAUCCCUGGAGUUUGGCUUUUCCACACUGGAAACCGUUACUCUUUUGACAACAUCGUCCCGGCCUCGUUUGGUGGACUUCUGGCCACCGCCCCCCCGAGAGGAUACGAGUUUGGCCUGGACUCCACCACCCCAGAAUACGCCGAGCUCGAGGAGUAUUCUGACAACAUUUACAGCCCGGAUGAAGACGAGGAAGAAGAUUACCCUUUAACCGGAGGCGACGCGGAGUUUCAACCAGUCGAACGCGCCGCCACCCCCGCCCCGCAAACCGAAGCCCCGCCCACUCCGCGCAGCACCGAAGACGCCCCUCUGACCGAGCCGAGCGAAAGGCCCGGGGUAGAGCCCAGGCGGUACGCUCCUCCCCCGCCGCCACAAGACACCGCCAACGCAGCGGGUCGCGUGGAAACGGCGCCGCAACAGCCACAGGUCCCUCUCGAAGUCGUGGACGUGUACCCCCCUCCCCCCAGCGACCCCCACCUCUCCCCCGGCGGUCACGUGGUCAACGUGGACGAGGACGAUGUUGACUUUGACACUGGAGUGAUCCAAUACACCACCGAGAAUAAGGAAACAUGUGCGAGAUUCCAGCAGCAGUGUUCCCAGAAUGCACUCUGCUCAGACUACGCCACCGGGUUCUGCUGUCACUGCAAACCCGGUUUCUAUGGAAACGGGCGCCAGUGUCUGCCCGACGGAGCUCCUCAGCGCGUCAGCGGCAAAGUGAGCGGCACCGUGACGGUCGGCUCCUCCCCCGUACGACUCGACCACAUCGACCUGCACGCGUACAUCGUGGUGGGCGACGGAAGAGCGUACACCGCCAUCAGCGAGGUUCCUGAGUCGAUUGGUCGGGCCCUGAUGCCCGUGUCGCCCAUCGGGGAGUUGUUUGGGUGGCUCUUUGUUCUUGAGCUGCCCAACAGUCAGGCUGGAUUCAAAGUCACAGGGGCGGAGUUCACCCGUCACGCCGAGGUCGUCUUCUACCCCAGCAACGAGCGCCUGUCCAUCGUCCAAACGGGGCGGGGCCUCGACGAGCAGAAUCACAUUACCGUGGAUACCGUCGUCAAUGGGAACGUGCCGUCCAUCCCGCCCGGCGCCGAGGUGACCAUGGACCCGUUUAAGGAGGUUUACCAGUUUUAUCCCUCGGUGACCACGUCCACGUCUGUGCGCGAGUUCACCGUCGUGUCGGCGGACAGAGGCUCCGAGUCGUUCUCCUUCCAGCUCAAACAGAACAUCACGUACCGGGACUGUAGACACGACAGCCGGCGCUCCCCCGAGACGCUCCAGAUCAGCAUGGAGCGAGUGUUUAUGAUGUACGUGACGGAGGAGCGCAUCCUGAGAUACGCCAUCACCAACAAGAUCAGCCCCGUGGGAGUGGAGCCGAGCGGACCGGACCAGGUGAACCCGUGCUACUCCGGGACGCACGACUGCGACACCACCGCCCAGUGUGUACCACAAGAGGGCGUCGCCUUUGAGUGCAAAUGUGCCACGGGAUACAGCGGGGAUGGACGCAACUGCUACGACGUAGACGAGUGUGCGGAGAGCGCCAGCUCCUGUGGGGCACAUGCCCAGUGUGUGAACCUGCCCGGGAGCCACCGCUGUCAGUGCCAGGCGGGAUACGAGUUCGGCUUUGACGGACGCACGUGUGUGGAUGUCGACGAGUGCAGCUCCUCGCCGUGUAGCGCCGACGCUCGAUGUAUGAACGGACUGGGCACUUUCCACUGUCAGUGUCACUCCGGGUUUUACGGCGAUGGAUUCUCGUGCAGCCAGGAAGGUCAAACAGGACGUCCAAAGAGCCACUGCGAACAACACAGAGACAACCUUCAAACUGGACUGGACCACGGCGUUGGCGCUUUUGUUCCGCAAUGUGAAGCCGACGGACGCUACAGGCCGCUCCAGUGUCAUGGCUCCACUGGACAUUGCUGGUGCGUGGACAACAGCGGACAGGAGAAGCCAGGCACCAGGACGCCACCCGGGACUCCGCCCACAGACUGUAACAAACCAGAUGAACCGGCUCGUCAUAAAACCCAAUGUGAGCACCACAGAGACAGCGUCCAGACGACCAGUCCAGAAGGUUACCCCAUCGCCGGCGUGUUUGUCCCGCAGUGUGACGCAGACGGACAGUACAGACCUCGACAGUGUCAUGGUUCCACCGGACACUGCUGGUGCGUGGACGGUACGGGACAGGAGCGACCCGGCACCAGGACGUCCCCGGGAUCCCCCCCAGCGGACUGCGGCGAGCCAAUUUUACCUGGUCGUCCUAAGACUCACUGUGAGCACCUCAGAGACACCGAGGGGUACCCCAUACUCGGAGCUUAUGUGCCCCAGUGCGACGCAGACGGACAGUACACGCCACAACAGUGUCACGGCUCCACUGGACACUGCUGGUGUGUGGACAGCGCUGGACAAGAGCGACCGGGGACCAGGACUCCCCCGGGGACGUCCCCUCACAACUGCACCCACCCAGAAGGACCCGUGCGUCCUAAAACCCAGUGUGAGCACCACAGAGACAGCGUCCAGACCGCCAGUCCAGAGGGGUACCCCAUACUCGGCGCUUUUGUACCCGAAUGUGACGCUAACGGGCGCUACACACCUCAACAGUGCGACGGGUCUACGGGGUACUGCUGGUGCGUGGACAGCACUGGACAGGAGCGACCGGGCACUAGGACCCCGCCCGGUUCACCCUCGGCAGACUGCGAUCGACCAGUUGUUCCAGAGCGUCCCAAAACCCACUGCGAGCACCACAGAGACAGUGUCCAGACCACCAGUCCAGAGGGAUACCCCAUACUCGGAGUUUAUGCCCCUCAGUGCGACGCUAACGGAGAGUACCUCCCCCAACAGUGCCACGGGUCGACUGGUCACUGCUGGUGUGUGGACAGCACUGGACAGGAGAGACCAGGGACUAGGACAUCUCCUGGUUCAGCGUCGCAUAACUGCAGCCAACCAGAUGAACCAGAGCGCCCUAAAACCCGAUGUGAGCACCACAGAGACAGCAUCCAGACCACCAGUCCAGAGGGGUACCCCAUCGUCGGACUUUAUGUGCCCCAGUGCGACGCAGACGGACAGUAUUCUGCUCAACAGUGUCAUGGCUCUAUUGGACACUGCUGGUGUGUGGACAGUGUGGGACAGGAGAGAUCAGGGACGAGGACAGGCCCUGGGACGCCCUCUGUGGACUGCUCCAAACCAGAUCAACCCCAGCGUCCCAAAACCCACUGCGAGCACCACAGAGACAGUGUCCAGACCACCAGUCCAGAGGGGUACCCCAUACUCGGAGCAUACGUCCCCCAGUGCGACGCUAACGGACAAUACAAUCCUCUGCAGUGUCAUGGGUCGACUGGACACUGCUGGUGUGUGGACAGCACAGGACAAGAGCGAGCGGACACGAGGACCCCUCCAGGAUCACCUCCUGUAGACUGUGACCGACCAGUUGAACCAACUCGUCCGAAGACUCGGUGUGAGCAUCACAGAGACAGUGUCCAGACCAGCACACCUGAGGGACAGCCUUUGGUCGGGGCCUAUGUCCCACAGUGUGACGAGAACGGACAGUACUCAUCACGACAGUGUCAUGGGUCCACGGGACACUGCUGGUGUGUGGACAGCACAGGACAGGAGAGGCCGGGCACUCGGAGCUCCCCCGGGACACCUCGAGUGGACUGUGACCGACCAGUUGAACCAACUCGUCCUAAGACUCAGUGUGAGCAUCACAGAGACAGUGUCCAGACCAGCACACCUGAGGGACAGCCUCUGGUCGGGGCCUAUGUCCCACAGUGUGACGAGAACGGACAGUACUCAUCACGACAGUGUCAUGGGUCUACGGGACACUGCUGGUGUGUGGACAGCACAGGACAGGAGAGGCCGGGCACACGGAGCUCCCCUGGGACACCUCGAGUGGACUGUGACCGACCAGUGGAACCAACUCGUCCUAAGACUCAGUGUGAGCAUCACAGAGACAGUGUCCAGACCAGCACACCUGAGGGACAGCCUCUGGUCGGGGCCUAUGUCCCACAGUGUGACGAGAACGGACAGUACUCAUCACGACAGUGUCACGGGUCCACGGGACACUGCUGGUGUGUGGACAGCACGGGACAGGAGCGACCGGGGACUCGGAGCUCCCCUGGGACGCCUCGAGUGGACUGCAACAAACCAGAUCAACCCCAGCGUCCCAAGACCUACUGUGAGCACCACCGAGACAGUGUCCAGACCACCAGUCCAGAGGGGUACCCCAUACUCGGAGCAUAUGUCCCCCAGUGCGACGCGGAGGGACAGUAUCUACCUCAACAAUGCCACGGCUCCACUGGACACUGCUGGUGCGUGGACACGACAGGACAGGAACGAGCUGGAUCUAGGACAGAACCUGGUGUCCCCCCUAAAGACUGCAGUAAACCGGAUGAACCGGUGCGUCCAAAAACCCACUGCGAACACCACAGAGACAGUGUCCAGUCCAACGCAGACGGGCGUCCCCUGAUAGGAGCCUAUGUUCCACAGUGUGAUGCCACCGGACAGUACGUGCCCAAACAGUGUCACGGUUCAUCUGGACAUUGCUGGUGUGUGGACGUCAACGGACGAGAGAGGGCAGGGACCAGAACUCCCCCAGGGUCUCCUCCCCUCGACUGCAACAGACCAGCCCCCGUCGCCCCCACCCAGCGUCCCGAGAGCGUGUGCGAGCGCUGGAGAGCCAGUCUGAUCCAACAUUACGGAGGGAAACCAGAGCCACAACAAUAUUUACCUCAAUGUGAACCAGACGGACACUUCAGUCCUGUCCAGUGUUACGGCGAGACCACGUACUGCUGGUGUGUGGACCAGGACGGACGGGAGGUUCCUGGGACCAGAUCUCAUGAUGUGGUCAAACCUGCGUGCCUUCCCUCUGUGGCUCCUCCCACCGUGCGCCCCGUGCCCCGCCCAAACGUCACCCCCCCGCCGAACGCCGACGUCACACUGCUGUACGCUCAGGGGCAGAAGAUCGGAGCGCUGCCAUUGGACGGGACCAAACUGGACGCUAACCGCUCCAAGACGCUGCUGACUCUACACGGCUCUAUAGUCGUUGGAAUCGCCUUCGACUGUAAAGAAAACCAGGUGUACUGGACUGACCUGUCGGCUCGGACCAUCAGCAGAGCCUCCAUGCUGCCAGGGGCGGAGCCAGAGAUCCUCAUUAGCUCGAACCUCGUGAGUCCAGAAGGUUUGGCGGUGGACUCUCGGCGCAGGAAGAUGUUCUGGGUGGACUCGUCUCCAGACCUGAUCGAGACUUCAAACCUGGACGGCACCGGGCGAACGACGCUCUUCGACACGAACCUCGUCAACCCCAGAGCCAUUAUCGUGGUCCCCUCCAGCGGGACUUUGUUUUGGACGGACUGGAACCGCGAGGCUCCGAAGAUCGAGACGGCUUCAGUGGACGGGCAGAAGCGGAGGGUGGUGGUCUCGGACGGGAUCGGGUUACCCAACGCUCUCACCUUUGACUCCUCCUCGGGGCAGGUGUGCUGGGCCGACGCAGGUACGAAGCGUUUGGAGUGCAUUUAUCCCGACGGUUCCGGGCGUAAAGUGAUCCAUCCGAACCUCAACUACCCCUUCAGCAUGGUCUACUACAGAGAAAUGUUUUACUACACGGACUGGAGGAGGGACGGCGUGAUCGCAGUGAACAAAGAGACAAACAAACUGACGGAUGAGUAUCUCCCGGAGCAGCGUUCUCACCUGUACGGCAUCGCCAUCGCCUCGUCCCAGUGUUUACCAGGGGUCCACUAACACUGGCUCUGCAGUCGCUCCAUUGGUGCUAAAGUCGGGCGGCGUCCGUCGUGGCGUCCGCGGUCGGGCGGCGUCUCCGUGGCUCCGAGUGCAGCUCAGACGGACACUGUAGGGAGCGAGGAGGCGUCCGACCGAUGGACCGUCACAGCCGCUUUACAAAACCCUCUGAAUCUGAAUCCACUCGUCCCUUUUCUCGUCCUGACGUUAUAACCCCGUGUGUCUGUACAUUUGUUUUAUACCUCAGUUCUUUUUUUUCUACUGUAUUUUUGUACUUGAGUUGUGUUUUUAUACCGAUUACAGAAAGUGUUAUUUUCAGAUCAAAUGUGUAUCACUGAGGCCCCGUCACACACAGGAAAACUAACCUCUGUGUGACCAGGACCCCUGGGGCCCGUCACACAGAGUCAAACCUGUGUGACUGGUGCAGUUCUCAGUGAUUUUCCUAUAAACAGUUUGAACAGCGCCACCUUGUGUCAUUUCCCUGCACUGCCUUUGUAUCGUUUCACACAUUUUGAAGUGUCGUUUGCCAAAUUAAAUACCAAAUAUUUUCUACAUUUGCCCAGAUAACGUUUUUAUAAGAUUAUAUAUUUAUAACAAUAAAAUGUG